AUGUGCUAUAACAAGAUCACAAAAUCUCACAAGUAUCUAAAUGUAAAAAUUACCGAAGAUGUUGAAGUCCCUGAUGACGAAUUAUUUCACAAUCAAAGGCGAACGCGGUUUGUUCUUGGUACAUGGAAUUUGACGAAUAAAAUAAACAUAACAUCAGAUUUUUUAAAUCACUCACUGUUUCUCCAGUUUCUGCCUUCAAUCUCAUCGCCAAUUUAUUAUCGUCAUUAUCAUUCAUUGAAACUUUGA